AUGAAACCCACUUAUCGUGAGGACGUUGUCAGCUGGUACCAAACCUUCAAGAACUACAGUUUUGUAUUCUCUACAAACAUCUACGAAUUUACAGAAGCAUAUCAUCCUCAUACGUGGUCAAUACCCAUCGAGUUCAAAGGAUCCAUCGUCGUCUACACUGCACUUUCUGCACUCUCGCGAUGCACGCGAAACGCUCGCUUAUGGUGCGAGGUAGCUCUGGUCACAUACUUCCUUUACGUGGUGGACGGCUUCUACGCAGCGAUGUUCAUGUCGGGAGUAUUGCUCUGUGACCUCGAACUGCUGGCCCAGCAGAACGAGCUUCCGUGCUUCCUUAAUGCGCUGGCCGGAUUCAAGGAGCUCAUCUUUUUCCACUUGUUCAUCGUUGCACUUUACCUCGGUGGAGUGCCAUCGUUCGAUGCGCCAGAAAUCGAUCGCACAAUUCUCAUCUCAAAGUCACCUGGAUGGAUCUGGCUGUCGCAUCUCAAGCCUCAAGCUGUCUUUGACGCAAAAUGGUUCUACCUCUUCUGGGCUGCAUUUCUCGCAGUAGCCUCGAUCCCGCGCCUGCCGUGGCUCAAGCGCUUCUUCGAAACUGGUUUCUGCCAGUACCUCGCGCGCAUCUCAUUCGCGCUAUAUCUAGUCCACGGGCUCAUAAUUUGGUCCCUGGGAGACCGACUCUACGCCGCGGUCGGGCUAGCAAGGCCAUUCCAUAAGGACGGUAUCCCAGGAUGGAUCGACAAGUUUCCGCUUUCCCAGAAGGGGCCUAUGGGCCUCGAGCUCGCGUUUUGGCUACCACAGCUAAUCAUUCUUCCUGUCACUCUCUACGCAGCCGAGGUUGUUACGAAACUAGUAGACGAGCCCAGUGUCAAGUUCGCCAAUUGGCUUUACAAAUGCACGCUUCGACCACAAGUACUUCCGCCGAAGCAUCAGCGCAGUUAUUCUGUACGUUAG